AUGCCGGGAUGUUCAGUACGUAGUCACCACCCCUUCGAGCUCAAGAAAACCAUCUCGCUAACCUCGAUCAGAAGCCAAUGCUAUGUCGUACUGAAGGUAUCUACAUCACUGCAAAACCUACCUACUGCGACAGAUCGCGAAUUCAUGGUCUUCGAGCACCUUGCAAAAAUCCAUUCAGUUCACCACGGACAAUUUCUGCUUCGAGAGCUCUAUGACUCCUUCGAGCUACAGGGACAUGCUGGAAACCACCGGUGUCUGGUCCUACAACCGAUUCAUAUGACGCUUCUAGAGAUGAUGAAACUGAAUCCAAACCCGUUCGACCUCCCUCUUCUCAAGAUGACACUCCGACGGUUAUUGUUGGCGCUUGACUAUCUGCACACCGAAAUGAACAUUACCCACACCGGUACUAUCUUUCUUGAAUUUAGAGAGGAAACGUUUUCUGACUGGCACUAG